AUGGAGUGGCCCAAGUCCGACGCACCACCGACAGCUGCGGCACCUGUUUCAGAGAACAAGCCACCGGCCUCCCCAUCGCAACCCGAACAAAAGCGCGAUAGCAAUGGUUUCACAGCCACCGGAUCAUCACCGAAGCCUGCGGAAUCCAUCUCUGAGCCUUCUGCCACGACGACUGCCGCCGCCCCCGUCGAGCCUACAUCCACAGCAUCCGCACCGGUCGUCAACGGGAGUUCUUCCUCUUCCGAACAUAACGGCGCCAACGGCAUUUCUCAGGCCACUGAACCUUCACCCGAGAAGCCUGCCCCCAAUGAGGUCAUCGAAAGCGCGGCGUCCCCUCAACAUGCCGAAGACAAGCUCGCUGCUCUAUCCUCGACAGCAACAACGUCAGCUCCUGCUCGCGAGCUUGCUGAGAUGAGCGCGGAGAAGACCCCUCCUAGGCCUGUUGCCCAGGGGAGCGCGCCAGAAGCCUUCAACGAAGCUGCCCAGGGGGCUCUUGGAGAACCCAAGGAGGAAGUCAAAGAGGAGGUCAAGGAGGAGGCAAAGGAAGAGGUCACGACGGAGUCCAAUGACGUAGCUAAGCCGGUACCAAGCCUCGAGACUGAAGACGUGAAGAUGGAGGAGCCCCCUCUAGUCGAAAAGCUUUCAGCCGAGCCCGUGCCAGUUGAACCGAGCCCCGCUCUCUCCGCUUCAAAGGAGGCGUCAGCCGCCGAGCCCGCCAAGACAACAGGCCACGAAGAUAUCAAAAUGGAAGACGCAUCCCAGGGCUCUUCCGCUACUGCCCAGGCUCCUAAGCAGCCUCCUUCUCUGCAACCACAGGAUAGCGCUGCUCUGCCCACAUCUGAGGUUGACCUUCAACCUGCCAGUAUGUCGCAGCUCAACAUCGAGACCCAGCCCGACACAUCUCCAAUCGUCGAGUCGGUCGAAGUCUCUAUGAGCGACGCGCCAGUAGCCAAGGUCGCACGCGAGCGCGAGGAUGACGGUGCCGAUGAUGAGCCUGUCGCGAAGCGUGCCAGAACUGAGCCCGAAGAAGACAAACCCAUGGCUGACCAACCAGAUCAGUCCACCGUGGCUGCGGCUCCUCCUGAUGAGUCUGCACCAGUGGAUCAAGUCCAAAGCCUAGACACGCUACCGAACUGGAACGAUUCCGAAGCUAACGGAAGAACCUUCAGUCCCUACCAGCGCCGUGAAGUUCGCAAGACGAUCGGCAGACUGAAGAAAACAAAGGCCGGCGGACACUUUCGCGAUGCUGUUGUUAAGCUUUGGCCACAACUACGCGAGGCUUACCUUGCCCGGAUUGAGAAACCCAUGGAUCUCUCCGAGCUCGACCGCAAUGUUCGCGAGGCCGAGGGCCCGUAUGCGACUUUUGGGGACUUCAAGAAUGCCGCUUCUCUCAUCUACCUCAAUACACUCAACUUCAAUGGCCCGACGCAUGAUGUUACCUUUGCCUCUUUCACCGUUGUCAAGGCACUCUGGGAAGAGCUGCUCGCUGCCCCUGCUGAGGAGCCACCCAAGCCCAAAGCCAUACCCAAGGCCAAGCCUGUCCGGGAAUCUCGCGCCGUCGCCAUUGCCGAAGCGCCCGUCGCGCGCCGCAUGUCUACCGGACCUCGAGGUAGUCCCUCGACGGAUGCAGAUGCCAAGUCGGCUGCGGGCGAUCGUCGCGGCUCUACCGCCACCGAGGGUGAUCGCCCGAAGCGCACAGUUCGGGCCCCCAAGCCCAAGGAUAUCGACUACACAACUAAACCUUCACGGAAGAAGCUUAAGCCGGAGCUGCAGUUUGCGAUGGAAGUCCUCGGCGAGGUUAUGCAUCCCAAAUAUGAGCAGCUCAACAUGUGGUUCCUCGAGCCUGUGGAUGCGGAGGGCUUGAAUAUUCCGGAUUACUACUCGAUCAUUAAAAAGCCCAUGGACCUAGGCAAGGUUUCCGCGAUGCUUUCUGGUGGUGACUUUUCUAACCUCAAGGAGUUCGACAAGCAUGUGCGACUUGUGUUCGAGAACUGCUACAGCUUCAAUGGUCCUCCCAACCAAGGAAACCCUGUUUCCCAGCGAGCUGCCGAGCUGGAAAACAUCUACACCUCACAGAUGAAGAACAAGGAUUCUUGGCUAGCCAAAUUCGCCAAGGCAAACGCGCCUACAUCUGCCGACGUCAGUGACGAGGAAGACGAGGACGAAGACGCUGACGACGUUGCCUUUGCUGAGGAUAAUUCUAAGGAAAUACAGGAGCUCCAGGCCAAGCUGGACGAGGAAACCAAAAAAUUACACGCCAUGUUUGUCCCCGGGGCCAAUCAGUCUAUGAUUGACAUUCAAAAGGGCAUAGUUGAUAUGGUACAGCAAGCUCUCAUCAAGGCCGUUGCUAGCGCAGGCGAAGUCCAGCCCAAGAACGACAAGGCCAAAAAGCCCAAAGGAUCAAAGAGCAAGGGUGCCGGUGCACGAAAAUCUACGGGCGGAUUGCCAGCUAAGAAGGCCGGUGGCGGAAAGAAGGGUGCAGCCAAGAAAAGCUUGACAGCAGCCGAUAAGGAUCAUAUUGCCAACGCCAUCAACGACCUGGAGAUGCCUCACCUGGAUCGUGCCAUCGACAUCAUCAAGAGGGACACUGGUCAAAACGAGAACACAGACGGCGAGCUUGAGCUCGACAUUGACCAGCUCAGCAAUGAUGCUCUCCUGAAGCUCUGGGAACUGUGCAAAAAGGUUCUGCCUGGCUUCGCCAAGGACACGACAAACACGGCACCCCCACCUGAGCCCGUCCGCCCUUCAAAGCCCAAGCCAUCUGCAGGCAAAACCAAGAAGAACAAGCCGAUGAGCGCAUCAGAGCAAGAAGCCAGGAUUAAGCAGUUGACGGCUCUUGCACAGGUGUACAAGGACGGUUCUGGUGGGCCUACUCUUGCCGCUCAGGAUGGAAAUGCGCACUCGCCGGGACCUGCGGACUCGAGCGAUGAUUCAGAUUCGGAAGAGGAAUGA